CAGGGGCGGACUGACCAUUCGGGCACUUGGGCACUGCCUGAGGACCCGGGGUCAGUAGGGGACCCCAUGAGAUGCCCCUGGUACCUUUCAGAGGCUUUUUUUGGGUGUGGUUUGAGUGUGUGGGGGAGCACACAGGGGCCCCAUGAUCCACUAUUGCCCGGGGGCCCCAUGAAUUGUCAGUCCGCCCCUGAGCGGAAGUGUAUGAGAUCUAGCCGUGCUUGACCAUCCAUUCGCAUGUAGAAAAGUCCUGUUUGAAUUUUUCUUGCAUGUGAUUGGGGGCCCCAUGAGAUGCCCCUGGUACCUUUUUUAUAGGGUUUUUUGAGUUUGGGCAAGGACACAGGGGCCCCAUGAUCCCCUAUUGCCCGGGGGCCCCAU